AUGUCUGGGGCUGGCGCAGUGUCGUCGCUUAGGCUGGUUCGGCAGCUGUGGGAGCACGCUGGGCUGCCUACACUGGUGUUGGAGAAGACGAUCCGCCAGGGAGGGCUCGAGCUCGUUCACGAUCCGGGCGUUCAUGGUCAGGCCGUGCGGUCGUCGUUUCAAAUCACCGCCGUAGCUCAAGCAUGUACAGCCACGAUUGCGCUUGCAGCACAGUAUUACAAGAGGCUACUCGAGGCUCGAACCAAGCUCGGGGUGGAGGAGAAGGAUGUGGUGCUGGGACCUGUUUCGGUGGACGCACGACACGCAGUGGCCGAGUGGAAAGGAUGGACUCGAAUCUACCUCGACAAAGGUGCAACAGGUGUUGGUGUAGGGGAGAUGCUUCGUGGUUCGAUCGCAAGCGAUAGUGACGAAGCGAAGCAGGUGUUGGGGAUCGAUGCGCACGCUGUUGCGGAUUGGGACAGCCUCGCUGGUCUCUACCGAACCCGGCCAGCCGAGGCGAGGGAGGUACCAGGAGUCGUGCGCAUCCACACCAACUUUCCACACCACAAGCUCGGCAUCCUACAGCUACUAGGUCUUGUUCCCGACAGCAAGCACUGGACGGACCCGGACAUCCACGAGGUGUUUGCGCAGUUCCACCGCUCACAUCUGCAGGAGCAGCUCGAUGGUUGGGAUGCAUUCGAGUUUGAGCGCCGUGCUCACGAACGCGGGCUCUGCGUCACCGCCUACCGCACACUGUCCGAGUGGGAGCAGUCUCCCAUGGGAGAAGCGGUACGAGGGUGGAUCGGCGAGAAUGGCGGAUCGCCAUUUCGCAUGUCGCGCCUCACCGCCUCUACUAGCCAUACGCCGCGAGCACAUACUGCGACGGAGCGACUGAGGGUGAUCGACAUGUCUCGUGUGAUCGCCGGACCCGUCUCCACGCGCACGCUCGCUGCACAUGGCGCCGAGGUGCUGCUGAUCUCGAGCGCCGCACUGCCCAACCUGCCUUUGCGCGAGCUCGACACGGCGCGCGGCAAGCGCACUGCCUUUGUCCACCUGGGACGCGGAGAAAAGCUGCCGCGCACGAUGCGACGGCUCGUCGAAGGUGCCGAUGUCGUUUCGCAGGCGUAUCGGCCAGGAGGGCUGGUGGAACGCGGACUGGGCCCCAAGGAGGUGCAGGCGCUGCGGCCGGGGGUGGUGUACGCCGAGCUGUGCGCGUUCGGCUUCACGGGGCCAUGGGCCGCCACGCGUGCCUACGACUCGCUCACUCAGACCGCGUGCGGCAUGAACCAUCUCGAAGGCCGCAGCUACUGCGAGCAUACCGGCAAGCACGAGGUGGAGCCAAAAGCGCUGCCAGUACAGGCACUCGACUAUGCAGCCGGCUCGCUCCUGUGUCUCGCCACGCUCGCCGCAAAGUGCCGCGGCGUACUCGAGCAGAUGCACGCCACGGGCGAGGGCGAGGGCGACCAGCAGCAGGGUUGGCAUGUUCAGGUGAGCCUCGCCUCGACGGCCGAGUGGAUCAAGAGUCUCGGCCAGGUGCAUGGGGAAGCAGCGUGGGAGACACCGCCGGACCACGUGCUGCCCGUCGACACCGACCAGCUGGCGGCCAUGACGAGCAGCUACCGUGUACGAGGGCUCAAGUCAGACGCCCAAGACUGCGAGCGCCAAGAUGUGUUUGUGCUCGCCAUCCGACACGCAGCCAUUAGCGCGCCAGACUCGGGCGGCGAAAACGAGGAUGAGAUGCGCUGGAGCGUGCCAGCCCAUCUGGGCGUAGACACUCUCCGAUGGUGA